ACAAAUUCUCUAUAAAUUCUGACGUCUGAAAUAGACAAAGCAAUUUUCUUUCAAUCGUAAUCAAAAUUCGAUAUAACUGAAUAAUUAUGGUGAGAUUCGGAGGCAAAAUAAAAUCUUCAAGUGGAAGGAAGGGAACACUUCAUAGUCAAGUGAAGGGCAGGCGAAACGUAAAAAAGAAACCUCUACUCCCUAAAAAGGGUUUGAACCAAACUUCAUACGAGACUGGAUUUUUCGAUUUUUUUAAAGUAUUCUGGAAGAACAAUGCUCGCAUGGAAUUGCUUCAAUUAACAAAACAAGUUGCUAACGCGUGGGAAGCUUUACUACCAAAACCAAAACUGAGUAAGAAAAGAGUACUUAAGGACUAUUCCAAAGAACUCAAAGCUCUUCAAGACGAAGCACAAAGACAGCAAAUGGAAAGAGAAAACCUUGAAAGAAUGAAAAAAGAAAAAUCCAAUAAGAAAAAAACAGAGGAGACAUCUGACGAAGAUGCUGCAAGCAGAACAGAUGCAAGUAGCAGAAGCAAUUUUGAUGAUAGCGAGGCCAGUGUUCGUAGUACUCAAAAUGAGGAUCAAGAAGAUGAUGAUAAUGAAAGUCGAAGUAAUGAAGAGGCGGAUGAUAAUGAAAGUCAAAGCGAAAAUGAUGAUACAAAAAGUUACACUGGCGAAGAAAGUAUGAGUGAAGCAAACACCUUAUCUCGUGAUUACUCUGCAUCUGACGUCGAUGACAAUAGAAGAAAUGGAAAUGAAGGUAAUAACAGGAAACGAAAGGCCAAAGAGAGAAAAUAUAAAAGUUAUGAAGCAUACCUCAAAGCAAAGAAAUGUAAGGUCGAAACGAACGAUGAAGAUUCCUAUAAUGAUGAAAGAAACAAUGACAACAAACAUUCAACUCCUAACCCAAAUCAACAAGAUAAUAAUUCUAACAAAAAACCUGAAGAUGGUAUAUUUUUUCCUAUGAGGGAAGAAACAUCUUUCGAAAGAAUAGUUAAAAAUGAUUAUAAUGAUCAGAACGAAAUGAUGAGGAAGCUGAAACUUUUUGGAUCCACAAACGACAUCGAUGGUCCGGACAAUGACGAUAUAAAAAGACCCGAUAGUAUUGACAGCCUUGCUUCAGUCGAAAUGCCAAAAUUACCCUCUCAAGGUAGAGAUGUCAACUCGAUCUCUAGAACAACAGAUACUCUUCACGUGAAAAAUUUAGUGGUUGGUAUAAGGCAACCGGAACUACAGGAAAUCUUUAGAGUUUUCUUGAAUGAGAUUAUUCUGAUCAGGGUACUCGAUAACAAAUUUAAUGGAGAAGCUAUCGUAGAGUUCAAGACUGUUGAAGCUGCUGAGAGGGCUUGGAGGCAAAUGAAUGGUGUAGAGUACAAACGGCUCCCUUUGGUUCUGGAGUUUGCCGACAAGGAAGAUUUUCUUCUUUGAAGUAUUCAUUUCAUAUGUCUUCUUGUGAAGGUAAUCGUGAAUAAAUUGACAGAUUCAAUAACAAA